AUGGAUGUUCGGCAAACAGACGACCCCUUUACAGUCGAAAUCCCCAGGGAGUCGGCGUUCUUCAAAAUCCAGCCCUUGAAGCCACUGGAACAAUUCUCUUGGAACGAUAAUUUUCCAGACCUAGCUCAUGGCGUUUUUAGAGAACAGUCCCGCAUUUUUAUCCAAGAUGAAACCAACAUAUUUCCCUUGAAUAUUUUUGGUGUAGAAUCGCCAUAUACUUUGGGCUCGACUCCGGAUCCGUCUUCACCGACUCGAGCCAACGAGGGCCAAGACGACUGUGUGGACAAGUCGAGUGAGACCGAUGACAUCUGGGAACUAAAUAGGAUCUCUAAAGCUGCCACGGACUCUCGGUUUCUCAGGUCUUGGGAUACCUUUCCCCACCAUAAGCCUCAUACACUUUACCCAACCUACCUCAGUGAAGCUGGAUCAGCUGGCUUCGAUGCCGCCUUGGUCUUCCAGGCUAGCCAAACUGGCCUUGAAGACUCAGGACGAGCAGUUCAGACUGACAUCUUCAUACUUUCCCUCUUCCAACUAGGCUUGGGGUGGAGCACUGUAUUUUUCCAAUUUAAUGAACAAGCGCGAAAAUUCGAGAAGUCAAUGAAAGAUGUACGAAUAUCCGGAAUAAGCCUGACAUCCUUAGAUGCAUUCAUCGAAGAACUUUUAGUCUGUGGGUCUCAAGUGCGUCACAUUAGAAAGUUCCUGGCGUCAACACCUGAACGAGCCGGCCUAUCCCCCGCUCUGGCUAAUUUUUCACACGUUGUUUAUGUCCUGCUAUAUGGUCUUGAAAAUCACCUUUUCGAACGGUGGCAAUGCGGCCCGUCAUUACUUGAAACGCAAAUACUUUUUAGGCGCUCACAAUGCUUAAUCAGAUGCCUUACUGAUAUAAUCGAAACCGUGAAAGACUCGGUGGUGGAGAGCGAUGUGAUUUCGGCCGUUCUCCUGAGAUGUGAGCAUCUCUCGCAUGAAUUUCUCUGGUUGACAGAUAUUUUACACGAAAUUCUCGUUGUCACUGCUGGAACUUGGCUUUCUAGGACUGCAAAGUUAAUUGGCUUGCCUACACCAGGAGUGACCUGCUCUGAUAGAACACAUUCCCAAGAUUCCCCAUUCCACAUUGAGAGCGGAGCCGCCUUGAUGGAGGCGGGGACUGUUUCUAAUUUGACAUCUGGAGUUGUUAGCUACGAGCAGACUGAAAUUAUUUCAGAAUGCGCUAAAAGUCUUUGUUUUCUCAGAACCUUCCACCCCGAUCAUCCACUUGCAAGAAAAAUGGGCCUGCAAAGUUCUACUCGUAUAUCACUAGAAUGUGCCUUUACGUGGGACGAUAUGGAUCGGAUUCAGGAUAAGGCCAAUGCCUAUGAGGCGAGCCUCCGUGUGGACAUAUUGAAGUAUAGCCAUGGGAGGGAAUACUCCACUCAAAAUUUACCGGACCUAGUCAGACCCCCUCGCAAGGAUGAGGCGAAAGACUCAACGAUCAAUAAGAUCUUUCAAUUAAGCGAUUUAAAGUUUGGGGCUUGUGAAUCCAAGCUCGACGGCAAAGACUCGGCCUCUUCCUGCAAGCUGUACCAUCUCGUUUCAAAUAGUCCGUGCGUUGAUGCCAGGAAAGGGUUGGGUGUCGAACUGCCAUUAGGGCCGCCUCUUCUAUCAGCCCUAGGCCUAUCCUUCAUACCCAUUCUAUCCGCACAAACCAGACUUAUCAAUUUUUCCUGCCUUCAUCUGCUUUUCAAAAAACACAAACUCAAAAUGCAUCUACGACUACUGUGGCGCUUUCAGCUAGUUGGGGAUGGUGCGUUUCUAUCCAGACUAUCCACAACCCUGUUCGACCCUAAUAUGCAAAGUGGUGAGCGAAAAGCUGGUGUUGCGCGUGGCGGAACGAAUACUGGCCUUCGUCUUGGUAACAGAGAUACUUGGCCUCCAGCUAGCUCAGAGCUCCGUUUGGUACUAAUGGGGAUGCUGGCUGAAUGCCAUGCUGAGUAUUUGGGCACUAAUUCAGAAAGGUCCGAGACGCUUAAAGUAAAUAAAGAUUUACCAGGUGGGCUCAGCUUUUCGAUUCGCGAUCUCUCCGAUGACGAGCUCGUCAAAUGCAAGGAUCCAAAUUCUCUCGAGGCACUCGAUUUCCUUUGCCUUCAGUAUACUACACCCCCUGCACUAAAAGAUGCCAUCACGCUACGAAGCUUAAGAAAAUAUGAUCGCAUAUUUAAGCAUCUACUAAGGCUAGUACGACUCUUAGCAACAGUACGUAGUCUUAUACGAAGCUCUCGAGGCCGCCCCUUAAGAAGCGCAAUGCCCCAUGAGCAAAAGUUUUCCUACGAGGCAUUUCAUUUUGUCCAAGCUGUUAGCGAAUAUUGUUUCCACAUUUGCGUUAGCGAAGCCUGGCAUAGGUUCGAAAAGACGCUUUCAAAAAUUGACAAGUGCAUUGAUGACGGGGAUAUUGAUGGAACGAUUGAUCAUGCAAAAAGUGUUCACAGACUUAGAGACUACCAUGAAGAUGUUCUGGAACAGAUUCUGUUUGCAAUGUUGCUGAGCAAGAAGCAUGAACAGGCAAAUGCUUCGUUGGAGGGAAUUUUCGGCACAAUACUCUCCUUCGCACAGCACUUGAAACCAGAUAAUGACAAUGCAAGGCUACUCCGUUCAUCUGGCCGGUCAACCCAGGAAUUAUUUGUCCUAUUCAGAAGACAGGUAAAAGGAUUUGUUCGAUUUUUAAAAAGUAUCGGGCGUGUCCAGUCAAUCCGAAGAAAAGCAAGAUACGACGAUUUGGAAACAUGGGGAGCUGGUCAGACUGAUGCUAGUACGAAUAGCAUUUUUGAUCAUUUGUUGCUGAAACUUGAUAUGACUGAAUUCUACUAG